UCGUGGCGGCAAAGAUGGCGGCGGCCAGGUGUUGGAAGCUGGUGCCCCGCGGCCGGGGACUGUCCCAGAAUGCCGCUGCUAAGGUGUCCGCCACGGCCACCGAGGCGAGCGACCUGGAGGUCGCGGCGACGCCCGUCGCGCGGUACCCUCCGAUCGUGGCUUCCAUGACCGCCGACAGCAAAGCGGCGCGGCAGCGGCGGAUCCAGCGAUGGCAGGCGACGGUGCACGCGACCCCGUCAGUGGACGAGAAGAUACGCAUUCUCACCAAGAUGCAGUUCAAGAAGUACGUGGUGCAUCCGCAGACCCCCGCCUUGAACUCCGACCGCUGGUACCAGGGCUUCACUAAGACCGUGUUUGUCUCGGGCCUGCCGCCCGCGCCGCCGCUGUCCCCGCCCUCGCUCGACCUCGCGGCCCUGCGCUCCGCCGUGUGCGACUGCAUCUUGCAGGAACACUUCUACGUGCGGCGCCGCCAGCCCCGGUCCGUUUUCGAUCGUCGCCAGGCCCUCGCCUCCUCCCUCCUGGACCAGAUAGUGAGAACUCUCGUGAACUUGCUCUCUCCGCUCAACCCUGUCCUGACCACUGCGGCUCUCGAUUGUAAACGCCCUGUUGACUUUUACUGGUUGCGUGGUGAAGAACGCAUUCCUGCUGGUCAUCGAAAAGGUCAUAUUGAUGCUUUACGGUACCAAAUAAAUGAUAAACCACACAACCAGAUUCGAAUAUCUAAGCAACUCCCUGAGUUUGUGCCAUUGGAUUAUUCCAUCCCUGUAGAAAUCCCUGUUAUGAAAUGUAAACCGGACAAGCUUCCCUUGUUCAAACACCAGUAUGAAAACAGCAUAUUUAUUGGCUCAAAAACAGCAGAUCCAUGCUGCUAUGGCCACACCCAGUUUCAUCUGCUACCUGACAGACUGCAUAGGAACAGGCUGAUAAAACAAAACCAAGCUGAGCAGGUAGAAGUUGUCUUCAGAGCUAAUGCCAUUGCAAGUCUUUUCGCUUGGACUGGAGCACAAGCUAUGUACCAAGGGUUCUGGAGCGAAGCAGAUGUUACUCGACCCUUUGUCUCCCAGGGUGUGAUCACAGACGGAAAAUUCUUUUCUUUUUUCUGCUACCAGUUAAAUACUCUGGCACUGACUGUACAAGCUGAUCAAAAUAACCCACGUAAAAAUCUAUGUUGGGGGACACAGAGUAAGCCUCUUUUUGAGACAGUGGAAGAUAAUGAUGUGAAGGGCUUUGAUGAUGAUGUCUUCCUGCAGAUAGUUCACUUCCUACUCAAUAAACCAAAGGAAGACAGCACAGCUGCUGACAAGCCAGGAGAAAGUACCUGAGCCAGGACCUUGACGAGAUUUAACUUUCACCAGAGGAACAAUAAACUCAUUUAAAGAUUGUGUAACUAUCUGUCAUUAAACACGUUGGUUUUUGAAAAAGCCACAUUUCUUAUGUUGA